AUGCAGUCCGCUUCUGAUGCCCCCGUAGUGAUCCGCCUCUCGGACGAGGAGCGCAAUGCAGGCAGCUUGUCUGAACAUCACCUCUACGAUGCCGUCGAAGCCUUCUUCAGUGAUGGCUUCGUCGUUGUCGAGAACGCAGUCGAUCUCGAUAAAAUUGACCGCUUGAACGAGAGAAUGCUCAAGGACACGCAAAAGCUUCUAGCUGGUGAGGGUCUGUCACAUUACGCUCCCUUGAACAGCAAAGUUGCACAGAACGGAGCGAAGGCUGGUGGGAACCUGUCACAGGUUCCGCCGCUCGAGAAGGGUGAGACACAAAAACAUUGGCCAGGCAUGGCGUUGUGUUUUCCAGCUCGUGCUAAUAAGAUGCGGUCUUCAGAAUGGCUCGAGCCCCAGAUCUUCGCCAACAAACAGGCCGCCAAGAUCAUCUCCUCCAUCCUUGGUCCUCAGCCCGAAGUCCACUUUAUGCGCUCCAACACCCUCCUCAACACCAACGACCGCCAACGCGUGCACUCCGACAUGCGCUUCGAGCACCCGACACACCCCUUUGCCAUCACCCAGAACGUGUGUCUCUGUGAUUGUGGUCCGGAGAACGGCAUGACGGAGCUGUGGCUUGGAACCCAGAACACUGGUGUUGAGGUCCGACCGCAGCUGGGCGAGCCCUUCAUUCAGGAAUCAGUUGUUGAGCAGAGGAGGAAGAUUCGCCCACCACUGUACCCUCGUGUCAAGAAGGGCUCCAUCUUAAUCCGCGACCUGCGGCUAUGGCAUGCCGGCAUGGGCAACCCUACCGACAACGUCCGCAUCCUCCUCACCAUCAACUACUAUGCCGGGUGGUACAGGAACGGUGCCCUUGUCCAUUUCCCCGAGUCGCUGAAACAACAUGUCCAUUCUCUAGAGGACUACGCAGGCAUCAAGAUCGCUGCCACUUACGAACCGGACGAUGGAUUCAACUACCUUGAGAGCAAAUUUAGCAACAACUUCAGCUCGGUACUUCGCCCGGAAGUGUGGGAGAAGAUUGCGCAUGUUAAAACCGCCAAGGGUUACUAG